GAGAUAAUCGAUCGUAGCGCCGCCACUGAAACGUUCUCGGACAAAAGAUCAAAUAGUUUACCAUUUCAAAUGGAUGUCUGCAAGAAAAUUGUACACUCUCCACCUGAAACUAACUUUCUGGGGGUGCAGUUUUAGGUGAAGAGUGUGAAAUCAACAACAACAAGUGAAAAAUAAAACAUCAUCAAAAAAGUGAAAGAAGUAUUAGAAAAUAUUUCACGACAAGUUGUAAAGCCACAAACACCUGAAAAUACACAAAUAUGAUGUCGUGAUCAUAUAGUCGCACAUAACAUUUUACUUUUAUCAGUUCCCAUAGUGAGAAAUUACUUUUAACUUCAAAUUUUAUUAGAAGAAAAAAAUACUGUAAGAAAAUGGAUGACACAUUCAUGCUAAUCCUUCUAGUAAUUGUAAUGCUAGUUGGAUCGUAUUUAGCUGGAAGCAUUCCAUUAGUUGUAUCGUUAUCAGAGGCCAAAUUAAAAAUCGUUUCCAUUCUUGGUGCUGGGCUCCUUGUAGGCACUGCCCUUAUUGUGAUUAUUCCAGAAGGUGUACGUUCACUAUAUGCUAAUGGCAAAACAAAUGAACACAGUGACACGUCAACUGAAGAAAGCCAUCAUCAUCAUGAACCUGAAGAUUUUUCCAAGACUAUCGGCUUAUCAUUAGUUCUUGGCUUUGUAUUUAUGAUGUUAGUAGAUCAGAUUUCAUCACGAAGCAAUCAUAGUCCCGAAAGUAAAGACGGGAAAAGAAACGCAACAGCAACUAUAGGCUUAGUAGUACAUGCAGCUGCUGACGGGGUGGCACUUGGUGCUGCUGCGAAAACAAGUCAUCAAGAUGUAGAAAUGAUUGUGUUUUUAGCAAUAAUGUUGCACAAAGCGCCAGCAGCAUUCGGCUUAGUUAGUUUUCUACUUCACGAAGGAAUCGAACGACAACGAAUUCGAAGACAUCUCGGAAUAUUCUCCAUGUCAGCUCCACUUUUAACUUUGAUAACUUAUUUUGGAAUUGGACAGGAACAAAAGGAAACAUUAAAUGACGUAAAUGCUACAGCAGUAGCGAUGCUGUUUUCAGCUGGAACAUUUCUUUACGUAGCGACAGUCCAUGUUUUGCCAGAACUUACUCAACAACAACAUUCACAUUUCCAUUCAUCAGGUCCACAUUACAGUCAUUUAGAGCAAGGUGCAGGUGGAGCUAAACCAGUUUCAGGACUUACCAAUAUUGAGUUAGGAACAUUAAUCUCAGGGGCACUUCUCCCCCUCCUACUUACCAUUGGACAUCAUCAUUGAUUACAAUUGAUGAACCAACAAACUUUGGAUGACGUAUUGCUAAGAUUAAUGGAAAGAUAUCGAUAUCAUGUGAUAUCAUUUAUAUUUUAGAUUUCUUAAGCCAACUUCAAUCUGUGUCUAAGUAAUAUUUAACAAUAAAUAAUAUUAGCUCAAGAAAAGUCUGGAAAAUUACAACUUCUUUUAUUCUAAACUGUCACAAGCGCUAAUAUUAUGUAAAGAAGUGAUUUUAUUAAAUUGUGACACAAAUUAUGAACAACGUCACAAAAAAUUUUUUGUAAACGUAGGAAAAAGUUUUUUCUUUCAAUGUCAAUAUAACGUUCAUGAAUUGUUAACAUAUUAAAUUUGUUUAAGAGCUGAUAUCAGCGUUUUUUUAUUAAAAAUUAUUUGUUAUUAAAACA